GGCACACUCCGCCCCCCCCCUUCCGCACACGCGCACAGCGGCCGCCCUGCGCAUGCGCGGCGCUCCGUGUCGAUCGCGGUGCCGCGAUGUGGCGGCGGCCGGCCGGGUUGCUGUUGGUGUUCGCGGGCUCCACGGCCGCGCUGUGGCUGCUGUCGGCGCGGCUGGGCGCGGGGCAGGCGGGCAGGCAGCUGCGCUUCCCUUCGGACCUGGAGGAGCUGCGGGAGCUGACCGACGCGCUGCGGGACUACGAGCGGCGGCACCGCGGGGCUGCCGUGCUUCUGUUCUGCGCCGCCUAUCUCUACAAGCAGAGCUUCGCCAUCCCCGGCUCCAGCCUGCUGAACGUUCUGGCCGGAGCGCUGUUCGGGCCGUGGGUCGGGCUGCUGCUCUGCUCCGCUUUGACGUCCCUGGGAGCCACCUGCUGCUAUCUGCUGUCCGGAGCCUUUGGGAAGCGUUUGGUGGUGAGCUGCUUUCCGGAUAAAGUGGCUCUGUUGCAGAGAAAGGUCGAAGAGAACAGGAGCUGCUUGUUUUUCUUCCUCUUGUUCCUGAGGCUGUUCCCCAUGACACCAAACUGGUUUCUGAAUCUCUCGGCUCCCAUUCUGAACAUCCCCCUGUCCCAGUUCUUCUUCUCCGUUCUCAUCGGUCUUACACCCUAUAACUUCAUCUGCGUACAGACAGGAGCCAUUCUGUCACAAAUCAACUCUCUGGAUGCCAUUUUCUCUUGGGACACACUGCUCAAGCUGCUUCUAAUGGCCAUGGCAGCAUUGAUCCCAGGGACUCUGAUCAAGAAAUACAGCAAGAAGCACUUAAAGCUGGAUGAAGACGAGCACGCUCCAUUACUCAAUGGCAAAAAGAGCAUGUGAUGGCUCAGAUGGCCCAGGUGCUAGGGGACUGCUUCACAAAAGCUGCAGGUCUCUGUUCCUGUGGGUUAUAUUCUGCAUGCUCUGUGUCCUUGUGGACCAUGGAUAAUUGCAGCUUUUACUCUUCUCCUCAUCUAAGAGGAGGUGUAACGUUCUCCUUUUUAAUUAAUGUUUUAUCGUGCAUGGAUCUGCACUGAAAAUGUAAUAGAAGGAAACUUGGUGAACACUGGA